UAGAGCUAUCACUGAAUCACCCAUUUCAGUAUGCCUUGUGAAGGGAGGGCCAGGUCAUUGUGACAUUAUGGCUUGGUGGCACUGUUGGGAUAGCAGGGCCUUUCCUGUCAGUGCCUCCUGGGACUGUUUAGCCAUCAGCCCGAAUCACCCCGCCAAUGGUGGGUGUCAGACAGACCAGGGUCAUUGAGAUGAGGGCCGUAGUGAAAUGACAGGUACAUCUCCACCAAAGAGGCCCCACAGGCUGUGAAGAACUUGGCAGAGGAGGCCUAGAGGGUACAGCCUGACGCGAAGGACAUAUACCAAGACCCCAAAGUGUGACUGUGACACACACAUUCAGGGUGUGCUCCUAAGCUGUGCAUCUGGGACUGUGGGAGCCACUUCACUGUUGGGGGCCUUCAUGCUUGAAGUGAGCCCCGCACCCGGAGUGCCUCUCGGCCUGACUGGAGCUCCCACGAGCUGCAGGGCUCUCCUGUCAGAGGCACUCUGUGCUGUGCCUCCUCAGCUUGCUUUCCUUGACCUUGCCACCGCUGCAGGGAAGAGCCCAGAGACCCCCUUUCCAGGGAGUUCUGGGACCACAUCUACUCGGAGGCCAGGCCAGUGAAGGUGCAGCAGGCAUAGGCUGCCACGGGCCUCUGGUGGGAACCCGAAAGUCCUGUCUCCUGCCCGGCCCGCCCCUCCCUCGGGGCAGUUCUGGUCCCAGCCGCUGGGGUUUCCUCUCAGCCCUUGAGUGGCUAUGUCCAAUCCCACUGCCCCACCUCCCUAUGAGGACCGAAACCCCCUGUACCCUGGCCCUCCACCUCCUGGGGGCUACGGGCAGCCAUCGGUCCUGCCAGGUGGAUACCCGGCCUACCCUGCCUACCCCCAACCUGGUUACGGUCACCCUGCUGGCUACCCACAGCCAAUGCCGCCCAUCCAUCCAAUGCCCAUGAGCUACGGCCAUGACUAUGGUGGGGAGGAGAGAGCAGCGAGUGACAACUUUGGUCCUGGAGAAUGGGAUGACCGGAAAGUCCGCCAUGCCUUCAUCCGAAAGGUCUAUUCCAUCAUUUCCGUCCAGCUGUUCAUCACUGUGGCCAUCAUUGCGAUCUUCACCUUUGUGGAACCAGUUGGUGAGUUCGUGAGGAAGAAUGUGGCUGUGUACUACGUAUCCUAUGCUGUCUUCCUUGUCACCUACCUGACCCUUGCCUGCUGCCAGGGACCCAGACGCCGGUUCCCAUGGAACAUCAUCCUGCUGACUCUCUUUACUUUGGCUCUGGGCUUUAUGACAGGUACCAUUUCCAGUAUGUACCAAACCAAAGCUGUCAUCAUAGCAAUGAUCAUCACUGCUGUGGUAUCCGUUUCUGUCACCAUCUUCUGCUUUCAGACUAAGGUGGACUUCACCUCGUGCACAGGCCUCUUCUGUGUCCUGGGGAUUGUGCUGAUGGUGACUGGGAUUGUCACUACCAUUGUGCUGGCAUUCCGAUACAUUUACUGGCUCCACAUGGUCUACGCUGCUCUGGGGGCCAUCUGCUUCACCCUGUUCCUGGCUUACGACACACAGCUGGUCCUGGGGAACAGGAAGCACACCAUCAGCCCGGAGGACUACAUCACAGGGGCCCUGCAGAUCUACACAGACAUAGUCUACAUCUUCACCUUUGUGCUCCAGCUGAUGGGGAGUCGAGACUGAGAGUUGCCUCUCCACUGGCCUGGGGCUCCUCACCCUUUUCUGUCGGGCUGGGCCCCAGGUCCCUUCUCCCCUCAAGUAAUCUGCCCAGUUUCCUCUCCGUCCUGGGGAUGGGAGGGCCUCUGGCCGUGUUAUGUGAGAACCAAGGGUGCUGGAGUUACCUGCAACUCUGGCCCUUGGUGGCCUUGGUAAGGACUAGACUGAAGUUGUAGCUCCUCCCCUUUACCCACAGUGAACAGCGCGCACCAAACUUGAGUGUGUGGUGGGGGGAGUGGGGAGCCUGUGAACACAGGAGCUUCAAGGUGAAGAGGCUCCCGUCCCACCUCAGCCGCAGGGCUCUAGGCUAGGUAGCUGGAGCUGUCCCCCUCCUGGAUCCAAUAAAGCCGGAUGCUUUGCCCCCAGCUCCAGGACUCAGAGGCCACUUACCCUGUCUGAACUCUUUAGGCUUAGCAUCUCGGAGAGAUCUGUGCCCCGAGGUCUCCCUAUUACAACCCCAUCCUCCAGUAACAUGUAUAGAUUAUUUAUCGGGGUUAGGGGGAGACAGUGAGCAAAGUUCAUUCAGUAUGGGGGGGCUAAGAAUGGGAUCCACCCUGGCUGCCACCCAUUCUGCCUACCAUCCAGGCCCAGAGUGCCCAGGGCCUUCUAAAGAGGGCCCUCCUACUUUCUCUGCUUAGACACUCAGGAGAAGGUGAGAGGCGGAGGUCGGCAGGGGAGGUGGUUUGUAGGAUCCUGAGUGUGGCUGGGAAAGAGUCUAGGGGAAGAGAUGGGUGGGGACAGGGCAGGUGCCUUGGGAUCCCCCUCUGGUCUGAGAAACACUGAAGCCCACUCUGGUACCUGGAGACCUUCCCUUCUAAUAAGUUCAGUCCGUUCUGAACUCCUGCUGGGAGAUUUUAGACUAGAACUCCCUCUCCGAGCCAGCUACCGCUUUCUGUAUAAUCCAAGCACCUCCAGCUGGUACCAGGGUGGAGACAGAAGCCAGUUGAUCAGGUGGGGUGGGAAACCUUAGUAGCCCAAGGACAUAAUUAGAGCUAGUCUGUCCAAUACUUGAUUCUGAAUAGAUCACAAAGGGACACAACUAAAAAUGUAAUAAAGUUUGAUGUUUGGCAUUGCGA